UUUCCUCGGCGGCUGGAGCUGUGUGCGCCUCUGCUGACAGCACGCUCAGGCACGCCCUCACUCGUGCUGAGCGCAGCACGCCCACGCAGCAACGAGCCUGCACUCUAUCAAUAAUCAACACACCUGGACUUGAUGAGACGGAGCAGCAUAAAGACCACCUGACCCGAGGAACUUUUGCCAGAACGUCGCUAACCUUCCAUGACUUCCCUGUCAUCCGUGAUUGUGCCUUGUCACUCAACUCCCAUCCGGAUUCCUGACUGCUCUCCUUGAUCCACAACCUCUCUGCUCGGACCCAGACCACGCUGCCCUGCUCUUGCCCAUGACCUCUUGCCUGUCCACGACCUGCCUCUUCGCUUUGCCCUCUUGGAUAACGACAAAAGAUACAACCAACAUUUACAGACAACAACCCUUGAAAUGGCACAUACCUUUGAAAUGUAACGCGAUGCGUCAAAAAUGCCGAGCUGCGAGGAGUUCACGGCGAAUGGAUGGAUGUAUUUGCGCGGAACGUGUGGUCCGUCUCACAUGCUGCGGCACUCUGCUAGAAAGGAUGUCUGGUGCAAAGAUGGUGCUCUUCCUCCAGAGUCUCUCACGCAGGAAACCCCUAGAGCCCGAAGGCGAGGUGUCCAACUUUCGCCGCUGCCUGACGACCCUUGACCUGGUGGCCCUGGGGGUGGGCAGCACAUUGGGGGCCGGCGUCUAUGUGCUGUCCGGAGAGGUGGCCAGAACCGUGUCCGGGCCCAGCAUCAUCAUUUCCUUCCUGAUAGCAGCCGUAGCCUCGGUGUUUGCGGGAUUGUGCUACGCCGAAUUUGGAGCUCGGGUUCCCAAGACCGGAUCGGCGUAUCUCUACAGCUACGUGACAGUGGGGGAGAUAUGGGCUUUUAUUACUGGAUGGAACCUGCUACUGUCCUACGUCAUAGGCACUUCAAGUGUGGCCAGAGCGUGGAGUGGAACUUUUGAUGAACUCAUUGGAAAUAACAUCGCCAACUCCCUGGGCAAACACGCUGCCAUGAAUCUGCCAGGAUUAGCUCCUUACCCAGACUUUUUCGCUGCUGGCCUUAUUAUGCUCUUGGCAGGUAUCCUUGCAUUUGGCGUCAAAGAGUCGGCCAUAGUGAAUAAGGUCUUUACAGCCGUCAACAUCCUAGUGCUGCUCUUUGUUAUCCUUGCUGGCUUCAUAAAGGGCGACAUCAACAACUGGUACACCCGUGAAGAGGAUCUCAUCAAUGCAUAUGAAAACAAAACGAUGAAUGAAACUUUGAGUUAUGGCACAGGAGGCUUUUUCCCUUUUGGCUUUGAGGGAACAUUGGCAGGAGCUGCUACUUGCUUUUAUGCAUUUGUUGGCUUUGACUGCAUUGCAACAACAGGAGAGGAAGUUCAGAACCCCCAAAAAUCCAUCCCACUGGGAAUCGUGGCAUCCCUCCUCAUCUGCUUCCUGGCUUAUUUCGGCGUGUCGGCCGCCCUCACCUUAUUGAUGCCGUACUAUUUGCUGAGUACCAACAGCCCGCUACCUGCAGCCUUUACCUACGUGGGCUGGGGUCCUGCAAAGUACGCGGUGGCCGUGGGGUCUCUGUGCGCUCUGUCCACAAGCCUGCUGGGCUCAAUGUUCCCAAUGCCCAGAGUGCUCUUCGCCAUGGCGAGGGACGGCCUUCUUUUCAGCCCGCUCAGCAAGAUGAGUGACAGACAAAGUCCUGUCAUUGCUACCCUGGUUUCAGGUGUCGUGGCAGCAAUCAUGGCGUUGCUGUUUGACCUGAAGUCUCUGGUUGACAUGAUGUCCAUCGGCACCUUGUUUGCAUACACCCUUGUUGCCAUAUGCAUCCUCAUAUUAAGAUACCAAGCAGACGUCAGUGUUCCUCCUAAUGACAACAAACAGGAAACAUUUACAGUCAGUGGAUUAUUCCUCCCUGGUUCACAAUGUACCUCACGGACCUCAAAGAACGUUUCUGUUUUGAGCGUUUUCAUCAUACUUUUAGCCACCAUCUUGAGUUUGUUCAUAUCGCAAGCUGUGAGCUCAUUGCAGUCGUCAGAGUGGUGGAGCGUGCUCUGUGUCGUCAUGGUGACGCUGAUGCUCAUCUUUACUCUCCUCCUCAUUUGGAGACAACCUCAAAGUCAGACAACAGCCGCUUUCAUGGUUCCUUUAGUGCCGAUGCUUCCUAUAUUGAGCACGUUGAUCAAUAUUUAUCUGAUGGUUCAACUUGGGUCAGACACGUGGAUUCGCUAUGCAGUGUGGAUGGCUAUAGGUUUAAUCAUUUACUUUGCUUACGGCGUUCAGCACAGCGUGCAGAAGCAAAGACUCCAACAUGUCCACAACCAAGUCAGUAUUGGCAGCAUCAACAGUCCUGUGGACGACCACGUGGAAUAUGUCCGCUAAAUCUACCGUUCUCAUUUAUUUUAUUUUAUUUCCAUUCAACGCAACAAGUAAAGAUAUGAAUCAAUGAUUAAAAAAACCCCAAAACAUUUAAACAUGUUAUACCUUU